AAUGCUUUGUAUAAGUGACACAACCGAACAUGUGGUUUUGUUAUUCUACGAUGAGUAGUUGUUUAGUUUGAGCAAGCCGUGAAUACUGGACAUUAGGGAGAUCAGCUGUUAUGUUGUGAGACUGUAAAGUGUAGAGCUAAGGCAGAACUUUAAAGUUCCACCGUUUAUACAUACAAUAACAAAUACACCAGUCAAGGUUACAUGUAAAUAGAACAACUGGUGCGUAUAACGAUAACGCUGAGAUAUGGAAAAGUUUACUUCUGUUCCGAAUAAAAAGGGACCGGACGAUUUUAUGGUUGCCAAGUUGCUUGGCGAAGACGAAGAGUCCACGGUGGUUCUGGCGCAAGACGUGUCUUCUGGCAAAUACUACGCAAUUAAAAUUUUGGAUCAAGAGAAACUAUCACAAGAAGAUAAAUUGAGUCAAGUGAAAAAGGAACAACACGUGAUAAGUCGUCUUGAACAUCCCUUUUUCGUGAAAUUACAUUAUACAUUUGAGGACGAAAAGAGAUUAUAUUUUGUGCUAAGUUAUGCUAAAAAUGGUGAAUUGCUAUCUUACAUAGAAGCAAAUACUUACCUACCUCUUGAGUGUGCGAAGUUCUAUUCUGCUGAAAUAGUGUUGGCCUUGGAAUACCUUUAUGGUAUGCACAUUAUUCACAGGGAUCUAAAACCAGAAAACAUUUUACUAACUGACGACAUGCAUAUUCAAAUUACUGAUUUUGGGACAGCGAAGUUACCACCUGAAAACAGAACAAAUUCAGAACGGACAACUUCUUUCGUGGGAACUGCCGAGUACGUACCACCAGAAUUAUUGACUACUAAGCGUUCUUGUGCCAGUUCGGACCUAUGGGCUUUGGGUUGUAUUGUGUACCAGAUGUUAACCGGGAAAACCCCUUUCCAUGAUGACAGCGAAUACUUCGUGUUCCAAAAAAUCGUGAGUCGCGAUUUUAAAUGCCCACCUGCAAUGAAUGAAGACGCGCAGGACUUAAUUGGCAAACUGCUGGUGGUGGAUCCAGAUGACAGGCUGGGAUCCGCACGACAAGGUGGGUUCGAUCGACUGAAGGCUCACCCAUUUUUCCGAGGCAUCAACUGGCAGAAUUUGCACAAAGAGACUCCACCUAUGAUGCACAGACCAAGCUCUGUGUUGGGGAAAGAUCGGCUUGGAAGUGAGACUUUCAAGACUGCAGAGGAUAGAUUGUCUCCUUCGAAGGGUGGUACCAUGCGAAGAGUAAGCCAGGGUAUGGACAAACAACUGAGAUUACAAUGUAGUGAUCCAGAGGACAACGAAGGGUACGGGCUUAGUUUAAAUUUAUCCGAAGAGGAAAAAGAGAGAAGAUUGUCGAAACAAGCGGAAACACCAUGGAAUAAAUUUGCUAAUGGGCGCUUGAUUUUAAAAAUCGGGGAACUAGAGAAGAAGAGAGGUCUCUCGCUUAAAUAUCGACACUUUAUUCUGUUAGAAGGUCCACGUAUUAUAUACAUUGAUUCGUCAACCAUGGAGAUCAAAGGAGAAAUACCCUGGUCAAAGGAGUUGAUGACAGAGGUCAAAACGUUCAAAGUGUUCCUUGUUCACGUGCCAGGAAGAACAUACCACCUAAUCGAUAGAAAAGGAAACGCAAUAAAGUGGUGUCGGAAAAUUGAAGAAGUCAAACAAUUCUAUAUUGAACAAAACAGAUUAUGAUAAUAGAUAUUGUUUUACUCCUGGUGUAUAAUUUGUAGCAAAAACUGCUGCAAAUGACAUUUAUUUACCUACACUGUAUAUAGACUCUAUGUAAAUAAGUAUUUUUUGUUGACUUGAAAAGUAUAUAACAUAUCACUGGUCAUAUUUUUAGAUUGUACAAACGGUGUAACGUUUUAUUAAAUUUGUUACUUAAAUUCGUGCGCGAUUUAUUCGUAAAGGGCGAAACAAUGAUUUUCUCAUUUACCGAAGUUUGAAACAUAAUGUAUGGACCGCGCAGCUGCAAAAAAAGGGAACCCAGGCGAGAACCCUUUUUAAAUAGAAUCCAGCUUUUCUUGUUGCAUUGAUAACUAUUUCGAUCGAAGGAAUAAAGAUUGGGGAUUCGGUA